AUGCACGGUGAGCCACAGCAGGCGCGUCCCAGCAGCGAACCACAUGCCAGCAAAGCGACGUCCAGCAAGGAGCAACUGCAGCAGAAAUGCGCCAGUGCCACAGUGGGUCAACGGCGUGCGGUGCCAGCAGUGGCGCCGCCAACUACGCCCACACCAGCCACUCCCAAUACAACACUGACGGUGCCCAGCAUAGAGCUAACGCCAGCUCCAGUCGAGCAGGAGUCGGCGCCAAUUGUCAACUUACCCACAGCCGAUAGCAACAACAACAACAAUAACAAUGGCAGCGAGAAGGACUUUAAACUGACGCCGUUGAAACCCUCACAGCUGAGCAGCCUGGGCACGCCCUGCAACUAUGUGGCGCGACGCACUUGGAUAACCACAGAUCGCAUGAACGAGCUGCGCAAGAAGGCGCAGGAGGCGGCCAAGCAGAACAAGAUCUUUACCAUACGCGGCUGUUUUAACUCGGUGCGCAAUGCGCUGUUGGCCAGAGGUUGGGUGGAAAAACUUGACGUGCAUCGCAAAGUGCUGCCCAUGGGUCAGAUGACCUAUGAGGAUCUGACGCAGCGUCUGCCCAAGCGCAAGGCGGGCGAAACUCGACGACAGUAUGUUCUCAAGUGUGAGCGCAACAUAAUGUCGCGCUUCCUGGAGCACAUGCCUGUGGAUUUUCUGUGGACGAAUCGCAAGGAAAAAUGCGAUUAUAUUGAUCAGGCCAAGAAUCCGGGUAUGACCAUUAACAAAUUCCAUCGCGCGCCGUUCACCUCGAAGGAAGGACUCUGCAGUCAGCUGCGUGACUUUCAUUGGUUCUUCGAGGAGGGCAUGGCCGAAAUGUACUUUCCACGCUGCUACAACGUCUGGAGUCCCGAGGAGCUGGGCGAGUUUGUGGACAACUUCAAGCUCACCGCCUGCGUGGCCUAUCUGCGCGCCAUGCUCGGCAAGUAUCACAAGCAGGGCAGCGAUGCGGUCUUCUCUCCCAGCGGCAAGAUACCCUACUCCUCCAUAGACUUUGCUUACAAGCGCCUGGUGGACUACAUCGACAGUUGCCAGCACAACGACAUUGACUUUGAAGAUCCGCCCAAGAUUUGGGAGCACGACUGGGAUGCGUUUCUCUAUCAGCAUCAGCAGCUGGUCAAUGAGGAUGGACGCAUUCAGCACGAUGGUCAGCGUGGCCUGGAGCAUAUGAUCAAAACUUGUUUGUCGCUGGUGGACAAAAUGAAGAUUCAUUGGCCACAGUACAGUCUGGAUGGCUAUCAGAAUCUGUGGAUUGUCAAGCCGGCCAACAAGUGUCGUGGGCGUGGCAUACUGCUCAUGGAUAAUUUAAAGAAAAUCUUAGGCGUUGUGAAUCCAUCGAUAGCUUCCAAGAGCCGCUAUGUGGUGCAGAAAUAUAUUGAACGUCCACUAAUUGUCUUCCAAACCAAGUUUGAUAUACGCCAAUGGUUUCUGAUAACCAAUACGCAACCGUUGGUGGUUUGGUUCUACCGGGAGAGCUAUCUGCGCUUCAGCUCCCAGGAGUACAGCCUGAGCAAUCAUCACGAGUCGGUGCACCUGACCAACUAUGCCAUACAGAAGAAGUAUACGAACGGCAAGCGGGACAAGCGUCUGCCCAGCGAGAACAUGUGGGACUGUUAUUCCUUUCAGGCCUAUCUGCGGCAGAUUGGCAAAUCCAAUAUGUGGCUGGAGCGCAUUUAUCCAGGCAUGCGCAAGGCUAUUGUGGGCACCAUGCUGGCCUCGCAAGAGAAUAUGGAUCGCAGACCCAAUACGUUUGAGCUGUUUGGUGCGGACUUUAUGAUCUGCGAGAACUUCUAUCCCUGGCUAAUUGAGAUCAACUCGAGUCCAGACCUUGGAGCCACGACCAGCGUAACGGCUCGCAUGUGUCCCAAGUGCCUGGAGGAUGUGGUCAAGGUGGUCAUUGAUCGGCGCACGGAUCCCAAAUCCGAUUUGGGCAACUUUGAGCUGGCCUAUCGCCAGGUAGUGCCACCCACGCCCGCCUACAUGGGCCUCAACCUAUUCGUGAAGGGCAAGCAGCUGCUGCACAAGGUGAACCACGGCCAUGGUCACUACUAUUUCCAGCAGCGCAAGGAACGCAGCCUGGCCACCAGUAGCGUCUUUCGUCAGCGCUCCGCCAUCAUACCCGCAACUACCAUAUCGCGCAUCCAUCGUGCCAUGCCCACCUUCAAUGCCACUGAGUACAUGGAGAAAUAUAUGGUGGAGCCCCUAAGCAGCAGUCGCAGCAGCAUCAGCAGCCUGCUGCAGCCACCGACGCCUGUGAACAAAACCUCAGCGCCCAGCUCCCCUUGUCCCUAUCUACUCAAGCAGGCGGGGCGCUCCAUCACCCAGCUGCUAAGCGCCACGCACAAACGCAACACCACGGGCAACGCCAUCGCUGGCGAGUCCACCACAAAUGCUGCCUUGCCACCCAAGCGUCAACGCAGCUGCGGCCCACGUUUUGGCAGCACUCAAGUGGAUAGCGCCGAGAAGAAAUUCAAAAUACUCAUCAAGAACUAUGCCGCCAAUGGCGUUAAUAAUCUUGUAGAGAAACCCGAACCGCCCAGCGCGCCAGCCACAGCGCCUGCCCUGGGCGAACGCAAGUGGCGCAGUCUGCGCAACAUUACCACCACUGUAUCCAGCAGCACCACCAGCAACAGCUGUUCCCGCGCCAAGCCGCAGUCCACGCCUUUGGGCAGCAGCGUCUACUGCUCACGUCGCUUUGCGCGCACAAAGUCCGAGCUGGAAGCUCAGGCUAACAUACAUGCCAUUGGUCACACCUUUGGACGCAAGCCAAAUGCGCCACGCCUGCCCAUGAGCAUAUCCGUCCAGGCGCUGCAUCGUGGCGAGCCCAUUGUGACCGCCAUGAAGCAAGCCUCCAGCGAACUGCAGCUGGCCCAACCCCAAGUGCUGAGUCCACGCAAUGCAUUGGUCAGCAAGUUGACCAGCUCCACACAGCUGACUGUUCCACUGCCCACUUGCUGAGUUUCCAUCCACAACACUGUCAUAUACAGCUGUUCCUUGGCUAAUGUCAGCGCAAGUUUAACUUAAGUUGGAAAAAUGUUAUAC